AUGGAUCCAUCUGAGAAAUACCCAUACUACAAGAUCCACGAUAGAGAAAAUGGCUCAAACGGGAGCUUCAAGGUGUACAUUAUCCUGAUUGACUCGGACGAUGGGCGGGCGUACGAGAAGCUCUCAACUGACUCGGAGCGCUUGGACUAUAUGCGCAAGCAUGCGAAUGAUAGCUGGGAUGUCGUUCGGCCGGACGCCGCUUUCUAUGAGGAUUACGAGCUCGGGAAGAGAUAUACCAUCAAGAAAGACUCGCCCGAAUACAAGGGAUUGCAGAAGCUGAUGCGAAAGGACGGAGAAUCCUAUCAUGAAGGGACGAAGGAGUUCGCUGAUAUGCUACAGUAUUAUAAAGAGCAUGCUACUAUGGUGGAAGAUAUAUCUGUGGGAUCCCGCUGCUAG